UGUUCAUCACAUCCUCCGGUGUUCUCAUGGAGUGUCUCUCACCUCACCAGUGAGGUCUCACACAUCAUGAUGUCACGAGGCACCUGGCAGACAACUUCCACAAUCACUUUUAUUGUUACCGAAGGAGAUGGAGUCAGAAACCUCACCUGUAACGCUAUCUUUUGGCGUAACAGGCAACAAGCCCACACAGUCAGCUUAAAUGUGAAGGGAUCACUGACGUACAGGUUUAAAAGUUCUGCUCCAGUGGCCUUUCCAGUCUCAUUUGUAGCUCUCAUCAUAAUCACCUUAGCUGCAGUGUUUGCAGUCUUCAUCUGGAGGAAAAGGAAACACACAGAUGAAUCACUGAAACCACCACCUCGACCAGAAAAAAGAAGAUCACUUUGGGAUAGAUUAUCCAGGAGAUACCCAGAUGACAGAGACAGACCACCAAGGCCAGAAAAAAGGAGGUCCAUUUGGAGUCGAUUUUCCCGAAAAGAAGAGGAUCGCAUGGCAUGGCAACAGGAGAGGAAGCCCAGGCAAUCAUUUUGGAGCCGAUUUUCAAGACACCAAGACCGCACUGCGAACAUCAGUGUUGCCUAUACUAAAAACAGCAGCAAUGUAACCUGUGGAGCUGAGUCCAAACCACGCUGUCCAUCCCCGAAGGAUAACAGGAGACGACCAUCCCCUUUUAACCCUGAGAAUCAACUGUACGGCAACCUUUGACUUCUUCAAAGAUGUCCCAGGGACAUCUUAAUCUUUCAGGCUCAUGUCUUGCAAGUCUCCUGUUUCAAAGGUUAUCAUCUAGCUGAACAGCCAUUAUCAACUGCAAAGACACCCGAGGUGGCUUCUGUUAUGAAUACAUGCUAAUGCAAACUGUACUGUUGAUGUCGAUGUAUGAUAUGUGGGGGAAAGUUCUUAAUGAUACUGCAGGAUCUAAUGUUUUUAUAGUUUAACUUUCACUUGGCUUUCUUUAAAUUUCAUUUAAUUUGGUCAAUUACAAAAUGAUCUAGUAACUUGCUUUGCUUAAUCUUCUCACAUGAUAAACAGCAAUAAACAUGU